ACAAUUCAGUUGAGAAAAUCUCGGCCCGACCCGCCUGCCGGCCCAGCCACACUUUCCCCCUUUUGUAGUCUCGCCGGUCUCCCUCUCUUAAACCUUUUCCUCACCCCUUCCUUCUUUCGUCUAAAUUUUCUCUCACUAUACAACGUUUCUCCCUCUAGAAAUAUAUUAUAGAUUGUGGGUGUGAAUUGACAAAAUUCAAAAUAAAUUCUGAAAAAUGGCGGAGUCUUCAACCUUGGCAUCGACGGCGGCAGCUGCACCGGAGGAGCAAAAAGGCGGCGAUAAUGAAGAAAUGAUGCAUAAAACUAAAGUCAUUCAAUUCUUGGGCCGAACAACUCCCAUCAUUCUUCAAAACGACAAUGGCCCCUGCCCUCUGCUUGCCAUCUGUAAUGUUCUUCUCUUAAAGAAUAACUUGAGCUUGAGUCCAGAUAUUCCAGAGGUUUCACAGGAGAAAUUGCUUUCGCUUGUUGCUGAGCGAUUAAUCGACUCAAAUUCCAAUAUCAAAGACAAAGAUGCAGGAUACGUUGAAAAUCAGCAACAAAACAUUGCUGAUGCCAUUGAUUUGCUUCCUAGACUAGCAACUGGGAUUGAUGUAAAUAUAAAAUUCAGGAGAAUUGCUGAUUUUGAAUUUACUCGGGAAUGUGCAAUAUUUGAUCUACUGGACAUUCCACUCUACCAUGGUUGGAUAGUUGAUGCCCAGGAUGUUGAUACUGCAAAUGCAAUUGGCUCCAAGUCAUAUAAUACGCUUAUGGGGGAGCUUGUUGCCCUUGAGACGCAAAAUAUGGAGACACAACAUAAGAAAAAUUCUGAAGAAGAUUGUGUUGAUUUUGCUGCUGCGACAACUGCAACUCUUGGAGUUCCAUCUCCAUGCCUCUCAAGAGGUAGAUCAUUUGAUGAUGCUCCUAUUUCUCUUCCUGAUCACCUCAUAGGAAGAAAAGGAGACAUUGAAGAAGAACAAGAACUGAUGAGAGUCUUGAAAUUGUCAGUGUCAGAAGUGCCUACUUCAUCAGCUGAUGUUCCAUCUGCUAAUAAGCCAAAUUCAUCUAUUGUUACAGAAGCGAGUUCAGAUUUCAAGCAGUCUGAACCAGUUUCUUUAAUUGGAACAUUAGAAGAAAAUGUGUUUGAUGGAAGUAAAAUGUCUUGUCCUGAUGAAGUGACAGUUUCUAGCAAUUUUGAGACCUCAAGCAAUCACGACUUUGACCCAAGAGGUUCUGAAACAGUUUGGCAGGAUGCUGUAUGUUUGCCCUCAAAGACAGAGCCGGAGAGAUCUUGUAUCAAAUCAAUUUCAGGAGAAUCUGAAUAUAAUACUGUGGUUAAAGUUGUUGAAGAUUGUGGUAGUAAUACCUUGGUCAAUAUUGGAAGUGGAGCUAAUCAAUCUUCUUCAAGGGAUGCUUCUUCUGCCGCUGGAACUAAUGUACAUAAACCUGGAAAAGAUGAAGACAAUCAGACCUUGUCAUGUUCCAUUUAUGAAGUUGAUGAAGUAGAAAAUGAGCGAAAUGGUCGUGAAACUGUUGAUCCCUUCGGUUCAUUGACUCAUGCUCCCUGUGAGGAGAGCAUAUUGGAGUCAACAGAUACAACCCAUCAAAACCGAGAACCUAUGUACGAGGGUGAGGUGGUCCUUGCAGAACAAGGAGACAGAAGUUCUAUAGAAGUUUGUGAUGCAAAGAAAGAUCAAAUUACUACUAAAGAAGGGGAACUGAUUCAGAAUUUUUUGAAGAACAGUGCUAGUCAGUUGACUAUAUAUGGCCUGUUUUGCUUGCAAGAGGGAUUAAAAGAACGUGAGCUUUGUGUUUUCUUCCGGAAUAAUCAUUUCAAUACCAUGUUCAAGUUUGAAGGGGAAUUAUAUAUUUUGGCUACAGACCAAGGUUACAUCAAUCAGCCUGAUUUGGUUUGGGAAAAGCUGAAUGAGGUAAAUGGGGACACAGUGUACAUGACUGGUAACUUCAAGGAGUUCAAGGUGGAGAAUCAUGGCAACAACUCAUGGGAUGAACAGAAUGCUAUGGCCAGUACUGCUGACUACCUAGCAAGCAUGGACAAUUCCAUGCAGGCAGAUUCAAGUUUCAAUUCCGAUUUGCAACUGGCAAUUGCCCUCCAGCAACAGGAAUUUGAGCAACAGACAUCACAGCGGCAAAAUAAUUCACAACCACCCUCUGUGGGUGGUGGUAGGUUGGUUACUGGACCUCAGGUUCCAAGGAACAGUGGGAAGUAUGCAUCUCAAUCUCAAUCUCAAUCUCAAUCUUCCAGGCAGCAGGAGACAAAGUCAUCCAAAGACAAGUGUGUUGUGAUGUGAAAAUUUGCUAACCACAGACGACAAGACGCUCGUAAAUAUUUUGUUUUGUAAAUACUAUAAAAACAUGUAUUGUCCUUUCAGGUCUAGCUUCUCUCUGUCUCUCUCUCUCUCUCUCUCUCCCUUUGUAAGUAAAGUACAUGACACCACAUUUUUGGUCUCGGCAAACAGAAAAUUAUUUUUUCUUUUUCUUUUUCUUUUUUUGGGGGGUGGGACCUAAGCAGAACUUCUGUAGAAUCCUAUUGGCAGAUUUACUUUAGAUUGAGAUUUAGUUAGUUUCAUCUGUUACGUAUGUUUUGCUGAA